AUGCCCCGGGCUCCUAAGCGUCGACGUAUCAUGACUGAGGAAAACCCUCAGUCCUCAAAUGAGGACCAAAAUCCAACAGAUGUGCAGGUUGCUGAAGCUCCUAGAAAACGAAGAAAGCGGUCUUCAAGCACUGAAGACGAUUCAUCAGACUCACAGUCCUUGCUCUCAAGUGAAAUGGAUGAAAAGGUGAAUGAUUUGGUGUAUUUCUUGCUCCUCAAAUACCAAAUGAAGGAGCCUGUUACCAGGGCAGCAAUUGUGGAUCAUGUCAUGAAAAAUUAUGAGGGAAGCUUUACUUUGAUCUUGAAUGAAGCCAUUGAAUGCUUGCAGCUGGUCUUUGGUCUUGAUUUGAAUGAAGUGGACCCUACUACCCAUACCUAUGUUCUUGUUACUACCCUGGGUAUUACAUAUGAUGGGAUGCAAACUGAAGUUCACGGUGUGCCCAAAACAGGUCUGUUGAUAUUUAUUUUGAGCCUAAUUUUCAUAGAUGACAAGUGUGUUUCAGAAGAGGAGGUUUGGAAAGUGCUGGGUAUGAUAGGAGUGCAUCCUGAUAGCUACCACCACCUCUAUGGAAAUCCUAGGAAGCUUAUCCUGGAAGAAUUCGUGCAGGAGCAGUACCUAGAGUACAGGCAGGUGCCUGGCAGUGAUCCUGCUCGCUAUGAGUUCCUGUGGGGACCUAGGGUCCUGGCAGAAAGCACCCUGAUGAAAUUUCUAGAGUUUUUGUCCGGCCUCAUUGGCAGUGAACCCAGCUCUUUCUCGGUAUGGUAUGAGGAGGCAUUGAGAGAUGAGAGAGAGCGAGCCCAGGCUAGACCUCCCGAAACAGAUGAUGCUGCAACAGAUGCUGCUGCUGCAACAGAUGAUUCUGCAACAGAUGCUGCUGCAACAGAUGCUGCUGUUGCCCCAAGCAGUUGCAGUUCAUAG